CCCGAUUCAAUUGCGAGUAUUGCCAACCGAAACUUCAAUCAGAAUAAAAUAAAAACAAAAUCGGAUUAUUGUGAAAAAACCUGUAAAGCUAACAAAAAUUUAAUUUAGAUUUACAUCUAAAGAAAAUAUUGCAAAACUAAGAUGUCGGAUCGCAAAGCAGUUAUCAAAAAUGCAGACAUGAGCGAGGAGAUGCAACAGGAUUGCGUGGAUUGUGCCACUCAAGCGCUGGAGAAGUACAACAUUGAGAAGGACAUUGCGGCCUACAUCAAAAAAGAGUUUGACAAGAAGUACAAUCCAACCUGGCAUUGCAUUGUCGGCCGCAACUUUGGCUCCUAUGUGACCCAUGAGACACGUCAUUUUAUCUACUUCUACUUGGGUCAGGUGGCUGUGUUGCUCUUCAAGAGCGGUUAACAAAGGGAAAAUGUGUCACAUACGCAACUCUUAUACUACAAUAUUCCAAAUAAAGCAACGCGCAAUUGAAAGAUAAAGAAAAAUAAAA